CCGUGACACCUGAAUUGCGAACUUGUGGUAGAUGUCAGUUUACUGGACUACACAAUUAUGGACGACCUAGCUAUUGGCAUCGAUCUGGGAACUACAAAUACCUGUGUUUCUUGCUACAAAAAUGGUAUAGUGGAAAUUUUAGAAAAUUCCGAUGGAGGAAGACUUACUCCGUCUUGUGUAUUUUUCUUAAAAAAGACUGGAGGACCAGUCGUUGGACAAUGCGCGAAGAAAAUGACAGACAUGUUGCCAUCUAAUGGAAUUUAUGAAAUUAAACGAUUUGUGGGCAAAGGUUUCAACACAGUAGAAAAAACGCUGCAAUAUUUCUCCUUCACAGUAGAAAACAGCUCCGACUCUCCAGUAGUAAUAAUUGAACGAGAAAAUGAAACGCUGAAAGUGACUCCACAAGAAGUGUGUUCUUUGAUUUUGAAAAAAGUAAAACAAGACGUGGAAACCAAAUUGGGACACACCGUAAACAAAGCUGUUAUAACCGUUCCUGCUUAUUUCAAUACGACCCAAAGAGAAGUGACUUUAACAGCAGCCAACGAAGCAGGUUUUACCGUCUUAAAACUAUUUAAUGAGCCAACAGCCGCAGCUUUAAGUUAUUAUUUUAAAAACGACGACGAAAGUGACUGUUAUUCUCUAGUUUAUGAUUUGGGCGGUGGCACUUUUGACGUAUCCAUAUUAAAAAAAACUUCAAGCAAUAUUGAUAUCAUUUGUGUGGACGGUGAUACACAGAUCGGUGGAAAAGAUUUCGAUAAUCUUAUCAUUGAUUAUGUUUGUGAGCAUUUAAAAAAAGAAUACAAUUAUGAUGCGAAACAAAACAGAAGAGACAUGCGCAGACUACAAAAUACCUGCGAAGCAGCAAAAGUUGAGUUAUCAACCCUUGAAGAAACCAGCGUUAUUCUACAUGGUUUUGUUCCUGACAACAGAGUGGUAGAAGUAGAAUUAACAAGAAAAGAUUUCGAACUGAAAGCAUCCACUUUAAUUAAACGAACAAUCAACAUUGUUGACAGAUGUCUUAAGAGCUCUGAGAUUUCAAAAAACGAAAUUAGGGACGUUAUACUAGCAGGUGGUUCCAGUCGGAUACCGAGGAUUCAAGAAGAAUUAUCUAGAUAUUUUGGCGGUAAAAUUCUCAACAGAUUUGUUCAUCUUGACGAGUGCGUAGCAGAAGGAGCUGCUCUUCAAGCAGCAAUGUUAGCCAACAACCCUAAACAAGAAAUCCGGAAAUUGAUAAUGACGGAUGUAGUUCCAUUAUCACUGGGAACAAAAGAAUGGUAUGGAAAAAUGAUUUUUAUCAUAAAGAAAGGUACUUCAAUACCGACAAAAAACUCUGUAACUGUGUUUAACGCAUUCGAUCAGCAGAAAAAGGCCUCUUUUGAAGUGUUCGAAGGUGAACAUUUAAAUGCAAAAAAAAAUCGAUAUUUAGGCUUGCUCACCUUAGAAAAUAUCACUCCGGCCCCCCCGAAUGAAAGAAAACUUUGUUACUUUUGCUAUUGACCAUAACGGUGUACUGACAAUCACGGCAGCCGAAAAUUCCACCAACAAUAUGAAAGAAUUAACUAUCACAUACACGAGAGGAUUUCGAAAUGAUGCUGAAAUCAAAGAAGUUUUCAACGACGUUGAAAAGAACAAAGAAGAAGAUAAACUAUUUGCUAUAUUUGCACAACUAAAAUCGUGGUUGAUGGCUUACUGCGAGGCUGUAAAAUAUAACUUAAGGAAUCUAAAUCUCAUUGAAGAGCAUAUAGAGAUAUACAAAUUAUGCGAAACUAAUCAAAUAAAAGCAACACAUUUGGAUGAUGACAGUCAAACCACGUUGGAAAAUCUGAUAAGUGAAACUAAACAGGCAUGUGAAAAUAUAGUCAAAUCACUGAAAUUUACAAGAAUGCCGCAUCCUCAAUAAGUUUCAACAUAUCGCAUUUAAUUAUUUAGGAAUACUCAAAAGAGAAUUUUUAUUGUUUAGUCCAAUAAAAGCACAAAUGUUUAA